UUUUAAUCUUUUAAAUUAUGUGAAUAAUUAUGGUCCCAUUCGUUCAAGCAUUAAUUAGCUUCAAGGGUUGGGGCGUUUGGGAGAAAACCCAAGGAAUGGAGUAUGUUCAUCUCUCGUCCCAUCCAACUCCCCAAACUCGCCGUGGUUCUAUCUCUCAAUUUCACCGGAAAAUGGAUUCCCACACGCUCCAUACAAAGCUACUCCACAUCUGCACUUCUCAAUCUGAAGCCUCUUAACUCAAGAAUAUCUGACUGCAUGAGAAAUGGCUUCACUGAAGAAGCCCAAAUGCUAUUCGACGAAAUGCCUCAAAGAAACACCGUCACCUAUAACGCAAUGAUUCGUGGGUAUUUCCAAAAUGGCCAUUUCGGUGAAGGGGUUAGCUUAUUCGAUGAAAUGCCCGAGCGAGACAUUUUUUCGUAUAACACGAUGAUUGCGGGGUUGAUGAAAUUUGGCGACAUUAACGGUGCGAGUGAGAUUUUUCAGAAGAUGCCGUUUAGAGACGUUGUAAGUUGGAAUUCGAUGAUUUCUGGCUAUGUUUCUAAUGGAUUGAUUGGUGAAGCUCUUAGGGUGUUUAGUGGAAUGGUUUUGAAAGAUGUGGUUUCAUGGAACUUGGUGAUUGCGGGGCUGGUGGGUGUUGGAAAAGUUGAUUUGGCGGAAGAGUUUUUCAAGGAAAUGGGUACUCGGGAUAUAGCGUCUUGGACUACCAUGAUAUCGGGUCUUGCAAGUGCAGGAAGGAUUGUGGAAGCUCGGGGACUCUUUGAAGAUAUGCCUGUAAGGGAUGUUCGAGCUUGGAAUACAAUGAUAGCUGGGUAUAUAGAAAAUGGGUGUAUUGAAAUUGGAGAAGUUUUAUUUCAGAAAAUGCCACAGCGUGAUUUUCGUUCUUGGAAUGAAAUGAUUAAUGGGCUGGUGAGGAAUCAAAGGAUUCAGGAUGCUAUGAGGCUUUUUGUAGAAAUGCCACAAAAAUGUAGGAGAUCAUGGAAUUCAAUCGUGUUUGGAUUAAUAAGAAAUGGGCUAAUCAAAGAAGCGCAUGCAUUUCUUGAGAAAAGCCCAUUCAGUGAUACAGUGUCCUGGACAAAUUUGAUUGUAGGAUAUUUUGAAACAGGAGAGGUUGACACUGCAGUUAGUAUUUUUGAAUUGAUGCCAGCACGGGAUGCAACCGCAUGGAAUGUCAUAAUAUGGGGUUUGGGAGAAAAUGAUCAUGGUGAGGAAGGUCUUAAAUUUUUUGUCAAAAUGAAAGAAGGAGGUCCAUUUCCCGAUGAAGCUACAUUUACUAGUGUUUUGACAAUCUGUUCAGAUUUGCCAACCUUACAUCUUGGAAGACAAAUUCAUGCUCAAGUAACUAAAACAGGCUUCAAUUAUUUUGUUGCAGUUUCUAAUGCUAUGGUGACCUUGUAUGCAAGGUGCGGAAACUCGAAUUCUGCUUUACUGUUGUUUUCUGCCAUGAGAAGCCAUGAUUUUAUUUCAUGGAAUUCUAUAAUCUGUGGAUUAGCCCACAAUGGAAAUGGUGUUGAGGCCAUAGAGGUGUUUGAAAAAAUGAGAUCAAUAGAUAUUAAGCCCAACCAUAUAACCUUUGUAGGUGUUCUAUCAGCAUGUAGCCAUGCAGGAUUGGUGGACCAAGGUAAAUACUACUUUGACUUCAUGAAAUACAAGUGUUGUCUUGAGCCCACAAUUGAACAUUAUACUUGCAUCGUUGAUCUAUUGGGUAGAUUUGGACUUAUAGAUGAGGCAAUGAGCUUUUUGAGACAAAUGGAAGCAAAUGGAGUUGAAGUCCCUGCAAGUGUGUGGGGAGCUGUGCUUGGUGCCUGUAGAAUCCACAAGAAUAUGCAGGUGGGUGAGAUUGCUGGUGAGAGGAUUCUAGAAAUAGAACCACAUAACUCUGGUGUGUAUAUUAUUUUGGCUGAAAUGUAUCUGAGUAGUGGAAAGAGAGAAGAUGCAGAGAGGGUUUGGGUUCGAAUGAGAGAAAAGGGAGUGAAGAAGCAACCAGCGUGUAGUUGGAUGGAGGUGAAUGGCAGUGGGCAUGUGUUUCUCUCAGGAGAUAGUUCACACCCUCAGUUCAGCCGAGUGUGUGGUGUUUUAGGCUUACUUCACAUGGAGAUGGAAAUUGGAAUUUUAAAAUCAAAUGCUGCUUCAUUUCAGGAAAUUCAAGUGCUGAAUGAUGAAUGCUCAGAAUUAGUUUGAAAUGAUCCAAAACAAAGGAAGAGGCCAAUAUGCAAUUCGAGCAUAGGAUGAAAUCCAUUCAAAAUUUUGGGCAUGGACCUAUUGUAUCCUUUUUACAUUGGAGAGGCAGUCAAAAGGAUCAAACAAGAGAGAGUUGAUGACACCAGUCAGCAAUGAACAAAAAUAAAAUCCGUCAAAAAGAGCAGGGUGGUUUUAAGUACAAAACCAUGGUUGCCAACCAGGGAUGAAAGUAACAUAUUUUGCUUCCAGUUGCUAGAUGCCUCAAACAAGCUGGGAGGAAGAGCAAAAGCUCCACGAGUUUGUAUACUUGAUCCUCUAGAAGUGUAUGCAAAAGCAGUCGCUUGAGAGCUUGAAUUGAUCUGAUGUUCAUCAGAUGUGAUUAAGCUAAACUGCCUCAAUUUUAAGGAUAAUAUUAAGUUAAAAGCUUUCAAUCACGAGGCCCUUUGGGGAGGUCUGAUAAAUUUAUUUCAAUCAUGUAAACCUUAUGAAUUUGUAAACUUCUUAUAUUUCAUUUGAGAUUAGAUUGUAUUCUUUUGGAUUAACAUGUAGUUGGAUUAUAAAAAGUUGCAUCCUAAGCUCUGAAUGAAAAGGGUUCUAUUGUUGUCCAAUA